CCUGUUAAAUACAGAGAGAUUAGAUUCACAUUCAGAGAUUAAGACUUUGUAGUUUUUUUUCAUGCAUCACUGCUAAAGUUUCAGUUCAGUUUAUCAAAGUGUAACUAAAGCAUUGCACCAUAACCUAAUGUUUGCAACAAUGUAGUUAAAUAUCUACUUAACAUGCUCUCAUAGAGACAAAACUGGAAAGUGUUUAAAUAUGAAAAUGGACUACAACUACAACAUUUAUCCUUUUUAUACAUAAAAGUAUAAAUGAAUUAUAUAUACUGUAAACUGGAAAUAAACGUUAUGACAUUAAUGACAUGAUAAAAUGUGCAAAAAAAUGUUGUAGUUGCUUUUGAUAUAGAAAGGGUGAAGUGUAAGUGUCAUUUUUAAAUGUGCCAUUUAAUAGGAUAUAUCAAAAGUCUCCAAGUCCUUCCCAUUUCAAAUACAAUGACAGAACACAACAGAAAAAUCAGGCUUACCCCAGUCACCUAAUGCGUUUUUUUCUUCAUGCAAAAGCACUUUCAAAAACCCUACUCUCGUUAAAUACGCUCUCAGAUGCUAUUUGCAUGUUUUGAGUAUCUAAAGAGCUGCAGAUCUUCACACUGGAUGACUUGCACCAACUCUGAACGGAGCUCCAACACUUAUGGUCAGUCAUGGGUUAAUGAAAUUGGGGCCACACGCAGAGGUGCAUUUCCUCCACUAGAGGGCCCUACAUAGUGCACUAAACACCCUGCUGAGGGCCUCUGUGAUCAGAAAGUAUUUACUGGAGCCUAAACUCUACAUGAAAGAUUAAGAAAUGUUGAUUUCCUGUGCAUCUGCAUAAUAUUUACAUUACACAACUGCAAUUAAUACAUGACUCUUUUAAUGGAGAAUGUGUGUGAGUGUUUGUGCGUGUGUGAGUUUUGAAAGAUUUGCUCAGAUUAACAAACCCCCGCAGUUUUCCACAAUGCCUCUUUGUUAGUGGAAAACAGAUUAACAGGUCAAGUGACCGGAGGUGUGGGCGUCUCUGCUCGAUCUUUCCCGUCUUUAACGGUUCCGGUAAAGACGUCAACUCCCAAAACAUCACACGCUGUGAGUAGAGUUACUUCUUUCUUACAGAGACAGUGUUUCAGGCCUACAGACAAGGAAUGGAAAGCAGUUGCAUUUGAUAUGAUGGAUUUACAGUCUGAUGUUUUCUGUUUCUCUUCUAAUACUUCUCACAUUUGCUUCAUUUGACCCAUGCAUUUGAAUAUAACUGGCUUGUUGCGAUUAGUUUAGAUGCUGAUGCAUGCUUACUAACAUCUGAUUCAGCCAGUGCUGAACAUGCAUGCAUGUGUUUCCCGGUGUAGAUGUCCAGGCUUAUCAUCUCUAAUCAUAGUGAAAGGUCAGUAGAGACUGUGAUUGACAGGCUGUGAGUGGUCUUCCGGUCCAAAGCGGGCAGCGAUGACGGUGACAUACUCACGGUGGGUGGCAGAUGCGCGCCUGGGCACCUUUUAUCGCCUGCUUCUGCGAUGGAAAGGGAGCAUCUACAAACUGUUAUAUCGAGAGCUGCUGAUCUUCACUGUGAUGUAUGGCACCAUCAGCAUCACAUACAGGUGUAUACUGACUGAAGAGCAGCGCAGGAUGUUCGAGAAGCUCUCCAUGUACUGCGAUCAGUACGCACAACUGAUUCCUGUGUCGUUCGUACUGGGUUUCUAUGUGACUCUUGUGGUGACUCGUUGGUGGGGUCAGUUCGAGAGCGUCCCGUGGCCGGAUCGCCUGUCAGCGCUGGUUAGCGGACAUGUCCGGGGUGCAGAUGAAGGGGCCAGACUCGUCCGCAGGAGUCUAAUGCGUUACGCCAACCUGUCAGGCAUCCUGAUCUACCGCUCGGUCAGCACCGCCGUCUACAAGAGGUUCCCCACCAUGAGCCACCUGGUUCAAGCAGGUUUGAUGACGGCUGAGGAACUGAGGCACUUAGAGGAGCUGCCCUCCCCUCAUAAUAAGUUCUGGGUUCCCUGCAUGUGGUUUGUCAGUCUGGCCAUGAGAGCUCGAUCUGAAGGACGCAUCAAUAAUGACGUCGCAAUGACCGCCAUCCUCAACGUUGUAACCGUGGCUGUGUACAGUUUCUUUUUGGCUUGUCUGAUUGGUCGGCAGUUCCUCGACCCCGCCCAGGGUUACCCGGGUCACAACCUUGACUUCUACCUGCCCGUCUUCACCUUACUGCAGUUCUUUUUCUAUGUGGGCUGGCUCAAGGUGGCAGAGCAGCUCAUUAAUCCGUUUGGGGAGGAUGACGAUGACUUUGAGACGAACUGGCUGGUGGACCGUAAUUUACAGGUGUCUCUGCUGUCAGUGGAUGAGAUGUAUGAUCUGGUUCCUCUGGUUGAGAGAGAUAAAUACUGGGAUGAAUCUGAACCUCAGCCGCCUUACACAGCUGCCAGCGCCGAACACCGCAAACCCUCAUUUAUGGGAUCUGCUUUGGACAUCAGCGUUCCCAAAGAGGAAAUGGAAUUCCAGCACAAUCUGGAGCAGAUUAAAGAACACGAGGAAGCCAAUCAUUCCACUCCAUUUCUAGGCAGCUUGAGUCGCAUUCUUGGCGUCCAGUCGCCCAAUUUCCCCCGCUUGACACCCACAUCCCAAGUCUCCCUCCUGCGGCGACGUCCCCGUGCCCCCUUCUCUCGCUUCCCACUUUAUCUCCAUCCCGAGAGCUUUCUGAUGCCCAGCCAUGCCCGGAACGCUGACAUGGAGGAUGCAUUCUCAUCCAUGCCUCUAUACGAAAGACCCGGUUUCUACAGUUGUCCUCAGACGCCCAUCCACUGCGUCCCUCCAUCCAUUCCUCGCCCAAGACCACGAAGAGUGCACGGCGACAGCUCCAGCUCCCUGGUGCAUCCGUUGAUGGGCUCUCAAGUCUUGGCUCCGCCCGACACUCCUGCGCCUCCUUCCUCCGCCUUCCCUUGGGUGGGUGAAGACAGCGAACAUUCGUGUCCCGCCUUCUCCUUUCCAGACCCUGUGCCUGAGCUGUUACCCAAAGUACGGCCAAGUCAAGGGUUGCCGUCGCGCCGCCCCCUGCCUCUGCGACUUUCUUUGGAGACAACCCCAUCUCCGUCUACACCUGAAAGGGUGUUUUCUUUCACUCCUCCAUCUUGGUCGCAAGCUCAAAUCAAUACCGCCAGUUCAGGGAGUGUGAACGCAGCUGCGACUUCAAACAGCAACAACAACCUAUACAACAGCGUGGCAAACAACCCCUGGCCAAUCAGCAGAAGCACCACUGCAAGCACAGCCAAUCCCAUCAGCCCAAGCCCCACGGCGACUCAGCAGACAGCCAAUCAGCACAACUCUGCCAACGACUCUGGCAUCUCAUUGGCUGAGGGGGAUCUGUUGGGUGCUGCGGUGAAAACAAAGGAACAGCUCUGAAUUGGGUGGAAAAUACCAGCUUAGACCAGCAUGGAUUCUCUUCCAGACUAGUUUAGAGCUGGUCUAGCAUGUUUUAGCCUACAUUUAAGACAUUUUAAGAAACCUCAGUAGCGGAAGUCGUCAUAGCUGGGUAAACUUCUGCAAUGGAGAACAGAAAUACACAUUUGCCCCAACA